AGCUGUUGGACUGAAAAGGGGCGGUGCCGGCAGGGUGGCAGGUGCACAGGAGACUAGGGGUGCCCAGUGGUCCUGACCUGCUGCCGAAUGUCUGUUCCCGAGGAGGAGGAGACGCUGCUGCCGCUCACGCAGAGAUGGCCCCGGACGAGCAAGUUCCUAUUGUCCGGCUGCGCCGCAACCGUGGCCGAGCUAGCAACCUUUCCCCUCGAUCUCACAAAAACCCGACUCCAGAUGCAAGGAGAAGCUGCCCUUGCUAGGUUGGGAGAUGGCGCAACGGAAUCUGCCCCUUAUAGGGGCAUGGUGCGCACGGCCCUAGGGAUUGUCCAGGAGGAAGGCUUCCUAAAGUUGUGGCAAGGAGUGACGCCCGCCAUUUACAGACACGUAGUGUAUUCGGGAGGCCGGAUGGUCACCUAUGAACAUCUCCGGGAGGUUGUGUUUGGCAAAAGCGAAGAUAAACAUUAUCCCCUCUGGAAAUCCGUCAUUGGAGGGAUGAUGGCUGGUGUCAUUGGACAGUUUCUAGCCAACCCCACCGACCUGGUCAAAGUUCAGAUGCAAAUGGAAGGAAAACGGAAGCUGGAAGGGAAGCCCUUGAGAUUUCGUGGAGUACACCAUGCCUUUGUAAAAAUCUUAGCUGAAGGAGGAAUACGCGGACUGUGGGCAGGCUGGGUACCCAAUAUUCAGAGAGCUGCGCUUGUGAACAUGGGAGACUUGACCACCUAUGAUACAGUGAAACACUACCUGGUGUUGAACACCCCAUUGGAGGAGAGCAUCGCCACACACGGUCUGUCCAGUUUGUGCUCUGGACUUGUAGCUUCUAUUCUGGGAACACCAGCUGAUGUCAUUAAGAGCCGAAUAAUGAACCAACCCCGAGACAAGCAAGGAAGGGGACUUCUAUAUAAGUCAUCAACUGACUGCUUAAUCCAGGCUGUCCAGGGGGAAGGCUUCCUAAGCCUGUAUAAAGGCUUCCUGCCAUCCUGGCUGAGAAUGGAAGAUACUUUACUCCACAGAGACUGCGAUUUACAGGGGGAAGCACUUUCUAUUUCUAUGGAGACCGAGUUCUCUCUGACUCCGCUCUUUAUCAAAGAGUGAUCUAUCUGGUCCCAAUCUCUCAAGACCAACCACUGAGACUCAGCGCGGCAUUUCCUAAAGAAUGGAACCUGGACCACUUUGACCUUGGACCAGAAGGUGUAGACGUUGAGCUGCUGGCCCCUGCAAAAUCAUCUGC